ACGUGAAAUAAUUAUGAAAUUAUGGUUAAAAGGACAAACAAUGAUUGCAAUUUUACAACGUUUUAGAUAUUUAUUACAAGAUCUUAAUAUAGAUGAUAAAGAUUUUUCUGAAGGAUUAAAACAAAUACGUGAAAAACUAAAUUAUGCUCAUCGUGAUGUAUAUUAUCUUCAAGAAAAAAAUCUUAUACUUGAAAAUCAAAAUCAUUUUCUUGAAAAUGAAUUUAAACGACAAUUAGAUAAAAUAGUUGAAGAAAAAAAUGAACAUAUUAAUCAACUUAUACAUAUUAUUGAUCAAACAUAUACACGAUCAACUCAAAUAAAUAAUCAUAUUAAUGAUGAAUAUUAUUCAUCAAAAGCUGAAGAAUUAUCAAAAAAAUUUAUGGGACAAAAUAUUGAAUUACAACAUGAAAUUGAAACAUUUCGUUCUAAACUUGAUUAUAUUGUAAUAAAUAUUAAUCAAAAAUUGGAUCAACAAAAAACAACAACAACAACAUUAUCAUCUUUAUCUAUACAUCAAUUAGUAUUUGAAACUAUGCAACAAACAGAAAUGAAAUUACUUGAAUUUAAAUUAAAAUUUAUUUCACAACAAGAAGAAAAUGAUCUUUUAAAAUAUUUAAUGGAAAAAUCACAAAAUAUAUCAGAUAUUGAACAAACAAAAUUAUUUUCUAUUAUUCAACAACGUUCACUUGAAUGUGAAAUUGAUCUUGUUCGUCAAGAACUUGAAAUUACAGAGAAAACAACUAUUCAAUUUGAACAAACAUUUGAUAAUUCAAAUGAAAGAAUUAAAUUUCAUAUGGAAAAUCUUAAAUUAAAAUGUGAUGUAUUACAUAAACAUAUUCUAACAUGUAGUCAACGAUUAGAUGAUAUUAAUAAACAAAAUCUUAUGAAAUUAACAAAUGAAAAUCAAAUAUUAAAAAUUAGAACUCAACAUGAAGAAUCAAAUAUUGAUGUAUGA